AUGGAUCCGUCUUCGCCUGAGUUCCAGGAGGCCCAGCAUCGGGCCAUUGAGUUCUACGACGCCGAGCACGGUCUGUCGAACGAGGAGCGUCAGGAACUGGAGAGCUUUUUCCGCAGGUCCAUGGCCGCAGUCACCACUUGUUCCACCUUGGGCCUGUUGAUCGGCGGGGGGCUACCGAUUCUGUUCCGGAGAGGGAAAAAAAUCAACGCAGUGUCUGUUGGUUGGGGAGGAGUGCUGGGCAGCAUGGUGUCUACCUGGGGAGUCGCUCCGUCGCUGUAUCAGCGCGAGGUUGGGCUCGCCAAAGACAAGUACGGCUCCGAGUCCAGAAUCUACAACGUGAUCCAACACACACCCCAUGGAGUGUUCCGCAGCCUAUUUUGGGCUUCCUACUUCCGCGAGACUAUCAAACAUCCCGAACACAAAAUCAAGGACCCCCGCACGGUUGACCCGCGGUUCCAGCCCGUUGUAGACGACAACACGGCCUGGGCUAAAGUGAGAAAGGAGGAACACGACGAAAACCCACCAUCUUCCGCCAAUUCCGCCCAGACACCUUCGUCGCUCUUCGACAUCGACCCGUCGCUGCCUGACAAACAGACGCCUGCACCAGCACCAACCUCGGCGUGGGAAAGAGUCCGCGAGUCCAACAGCAAGUGA